AUGAACUCUAGAAGAGAAAGAGUAGAGCUUAUCAAUUCCCUGAGAGAAUCAAACAUUCCAGUGCUAAUCACAGCAUGGCUUUUAUGUUCAGCAAUUAGUUAAAAUUUUACACUCAUUGAGUACGGAGGCGUAGAAGCGAUCAUUUACAAAAAUGUUACUGAAAUAUUGUCUUUUACUUUUGUUGGCUCAGCUUUUAUUAGGGGCAGCCAGUCCGUUUAAUCCUAACGAAAAACAGCAGGCUAUGGAGAAGGUUAACAAUGGACUAAAUGACUAUUUUCGUUCCGAGAUCGACUCUUUUAACGAAAUGAAAGCCGGUUUGGAUCCUCAGUCGAAGAGUUACCAGGAAAUUAAUCGAAUUAUAAAUGGAAUUACCGCUGCCAUUGAUGAGAAGGAUUAUAUGGCAAAACAUAAAAAAUUUUUGGACACUUUACCAAAUUUCGACCCCAUCAACUCGCAGCACAGGAAGCUACUUACCCUCUAAAACUUCAUUACACAUCCGCAAAUUUCGUGAUCGAUGUGACUGAUUAUUUUUGGAAAAUUAUCAAACUCAGUGGCAGAAUUGGCAAAUUAGCAAUAAAUUAUCAAACUUUAACUAGUUCGUAAAUCUCAAUAAAUCACUCGU